AUGUCCAAGCACAAAUCGUCGAACCAGCAACUUGAUGGUCAGGUCGAAGAGAUCCAAGCACUAGACGCGGAACUUGCAGAUGCACAUGAGAAGAUUGCUAUUCUGAGGAGUGUUAGAGCAGAGGCAGAAAAGGCUGUGGAAAUCGGCACAGGUGAAAGGGCAAGAGUGGCUGGACUGCAUGAUUGGUUCUCGACCGCAACCUCAACCUGUCAUGCGCUCGUUUCACUUCUCUCUGCACAUAGUGGAGGUGUCGAGGAAUGCGUAAUCGGAGACGUAGUGGAUACACACGUCAUGGAAAACGAUGUACCUGGGCUUGUAUGGGCUGUCCUCGCGAGAGCAAGGCCCACAUAA